AUGGGACAGACGAGAUCAGAAACAGAAACCGGGGCUGAGACGGGAACGGUCCGGGAUAGCACCGAGGACUGGAAGUCGAAGCCGCCAUACCGCACUACGCCCGGUAACGAGCAUUUCGACAAGAAAUGGACGGCUCACUGCCACUGCGGGCGCGUCAAGUACUGGCUGUCCCGUGACAAGCCUCUCGCCGUCAAAUUCUGCCAUUGUAUCGACUGCCAGGCCCUACACGGAGCUCCCUUCCAAUGGGCUGCCAUCUUCGAGAAACAAGAUAUGCACUUCGAGAAGGGCGCCGAGGGCCUCGCUUUCUACCAUUCUCCAGACAAGUCGACGGUCCACCGUCUGCCGUGCAAAGUGUCCUGUGCGUACUGCCAUUCACCUAUUAUGGACGAGGGCCGGAAAAUGGUGCUCUUGUUCCCCGGCAUUAUUAAGUUUAGCGACGCUGAGCAUAAGAAGUUAUUCGAUCCACAAUGCCACAUCUUCUACAGCCAACGCGUAGUAGACGUACAUGACGGAAAGCCUAAAUGGUCAAAAUUGGAUAAACAAAGCGAGCUCAUAAAGGAGGUCGAGAGAACGGACUCUAGCGAGCACACUGUACUAGGCGAGGCUAGAAAUGAAAACAAGGACGACUAA